AUGUCAAAGCUAAUCGAGGUGUUUCUGGGGAAUCUCUGGACGCAGCGAUUCACCUUUGCCCGAAUGGGCUUGGAUCUGCUGCCCAAUAGCGGCAAUAGAAAGGGCAAAGUUCUGCGAUCUCCCAUUCUUUAUGGCAUUAUGUUUCUGGCCACCGGCUUUGAACUCUGCACCGUGUGCGCUUUUAUGGUCCAACAUCGCAACCAAAUCGUGCUCUGUUCGGAGGCCUUGAUGCAUGGCUUGCAGAUGAUCUCCUCGCUUCUAAAGAUGGCCAUAUUCUUGGCCAAGUCCCACGACCUGGUGGCCCUCAUUCAAUUGAUUCAGACGCCUUUUACGGACGCCGACGAGGACGAGGAUCUUUCGGAAUGGCGAUCCCAGAAUCGCAGGGGCCAACUUAUGGCUGCCAUUUACUUCAUGAUGUGUGCCGGCACAAGUGUCUCCUUUCUGUUGAUGCCAGUGGCUUUGACCAUGCUGAAAUACCAUUCGACGGGGGAAUUUGCACCAGUCAGCUCGUUUCGGGUGAUCCUUCCCUAUGACGUAACUCAACCGCAUAUCUACGCCCUGGACUGCUGCCUGAUGGUGUUCGUUCUGAGCUUCUUUUGCUGCUCCACCACGGGAGUGGACACCUUAUAUGGCUGGUGUGCCCUGGGCCUGAGCUCCCAGUACCGUCGCCUUGGUCAGCAGUUGAUGUGGAUUCAGGAGCACUCCGAUCCAUCUCGUUCGGAUUUCGGUUUCGGCAAACUCUUCGCCGAACAUGCUCGUCUCUUGAACUUGGUCCAACAUUUCAAUGCCAGCUUUAUGGAAAUUGCCUUCGUUGAGGUUCUGGUGAUCUGUGUGCUCUAUUGUUCAGUGAUUUGCCAGUACAUUAUGCCACAUACCGACCAGAAUUUCGCCUUUCUUGGGUUCUUUUCCAUGGUGGUCACCACCCAAUUGUGCAUCUAUCUCUUUGGCGCCGAACAAGUUCGUUUGGAGGCUGAGGCAUUUGGCAGACAGCUUUACGAGGUGAUUCCUUGGCAAAAACUUUCUCCGCAACACCGAAGACUUUUACUUUUUCCCCUGCAACGAGCUCAACGCGAAACCAUCCUGGGUGCUUAUUUUUUCGAACUGGGAAGACCUUUACUCGUUUGGAUAUUUCGCACAGCGGGCUCUUUUACAACUUUACUCAACGCACUUUAUGCAAAAUACGAAACGCCUUAG